AUGGGCUCUGCACGAAGACCCAUACUUUACACCUCGUCCUUUCCGUCCUCAAGAUUCCCAAAGAAAUUCGCGUGCGACAGAGACAACAUAAUCUUCAUGAGCUUCAAGCUCGAAGCCAUAUCCCAACGGAAACUCAUUCAGGAGCGAAUGCGCGUGGAUCCAAGGUUGGACAGGAUCCUAGCGUACGAAUCUGUCUUCCAACGUAUUUUGACCACGGCAUCCGAGCUCGAAUACGACAACACAGCGUACUGCUGCUGCAUCGUCCGCAGAACAGAGCCAGAAAAAGGGUAG